GGGGGGCUCGGUUGCGCCAGAGGUCCUCGAGCGAUGCCAGUCGGGGGUCGCAGGGUUCACGACCUUCGCGGGGUUCCGCGAGCUCGUCAGCGACGAGCAGGUGGACAGCAACCUCGUCGACUACUUCAACCAGCCGUACUUCAGGGGUUGGGGCGCCAAGAAGGGGGGGCAGAUCCUGGCUGGCCUCGUGUGCCCAGCGCCAGAGUUCCCCCGUUUUGGUGUCCGCCAGCUCCCCCGGGCUUGCCGCUGCCUGAAGGGCUGGAUGCGGCGGGCGCUGGGCCGCUGCCGCCGCGGCUGGCUGCUGGCCUCGCGGGCGGGCAUCGGGUGGUGCGGGGUUGCUUGCAGAGGGCGGCCCCCUCCCAGCUACCGGGCCGCGGCGAGACUGGGCUGAGCGACGUCUGCGUCGCGCCGGGCCCCGCGCGUCUCCAGUUCUUGGCGCCGAUCGACAAGACAUUAAGCGCAGGGCAGCAACGACGAGCUGG